AUGUUUUGUGCAAAGAAAGCUGGUUACAUCGCUGACUCCCCUCAGGGCUUGAAGCUCGCUGCCUUGCUGAAGGUCAAUGGCAUUCUGAAGCACGCGUGUGUGCGAUUCAACGACCGGAUCGGUAAAAUCUACCGAUUCCGUCGCCUUUAUGCUCUGAGCCUAGAACCAUGCGUUUUUAUGGAGAGGAAGCAGAACUUCAAGGGAGAGCUAACCCUGCAGGUGCCUGAGGACUUACUCACGAAAUGUGCUGACUACGUGAGGCUCAAGUUCCGCCAUCCCGGCGCCACGAAGGCUCAGUUGGAUCGGUCGGGAGAUCCUGGUGCUCUUGCCAGGCAGGCGCGGGUUGUACAGCGCUGGAUCAACAGCAGUGACGUCACUCGCACGGACGACUGCCUUGGGAUCGGCAAGGUCUGCAUUGUUGGUUGGAAGGAGAUUCCAGAGGAGGAGCUGGUUGCAGACGAGCAUGGUGACCUUGGUCUGGAUGAGCUAGUGGGCGAGCCAGGCUCGCAGGAGCGGGUUUAUGAUGAGAAUGAAGAGCAGGAGGAGCUUUACGGCACCUUGAAGCCGUUCGCAUUGUGGGGAGACGCGAUGGACGGCGCUCGGCGCGCCGUGACGGGGCUGGAAGACCUCGGGGUGGACGCGCGGGGCGUCAGCCAGUACGCUGUUCACCUUCCUGAGUUAACGCGCAUAGAGGCGGCGGAAAACGCGAGCCUAUGGCAACCCCUAGCGGUUGGAAUGGCGGCGCACGUUUGGAGGCCGGCGCAUGAAAGGCGGGCGGAAAGCGAGGGGGAAGAGGUGCAAGGAGGAGCAGGGCUUGCGCAGGAUCCGGCGCGCGGGAGGGAGUUGGUGCGCGCGCUGGAUGCGGUGGAUUCACGCGCAGGGGACACAGAGGCGGGCGCAGCGAGUGGGAGCGGGGGCGAGGGGAAGAGAGGGCACGGAAGCGCGAGCGGGUGGGAAGGAGAGAGGACGACGGGGGAAAGAGAGGGGUUGGCAGCAACGUCGCACGAGCUGUCGCAGGGAGGCGAGGAGGUGUCGCAGGGAGGAGAGGAGGUGUCGCAGGGAGGCGAGGAAGUGUCGCAGGGAGGCGAGGAGGUGUCGCAGGGAGGCGAGGAGGUGUCGCAGGGAGGCGAGGAGGCGUCGCAGGGAGGCGAGGAGGUGUCGCAGGGAGGCGAGGAGGUGUCGCAAGGAGGCGAGGGGCUGGAUGGAGGCAAGGAGGGGUCGCAGAAAAUCAAGGAGGGAUCGCAGGGAGGAAAGGAGGGGUCGCAGGGAGGAAAGGAGGGGUCGCAGGGAGGGGAAACGGUGCGGAUAAGCAGGCCCAGCGAGGGUUCCGUGAAGAUAUAUGAGGUGCGUGGUGUGAGAAUAGGUGAGGUGCGUGGUGUGAGAAUAGGUGAGGUGCGUGGUGUGAGAAUAGGUGAGGUGCGUGGUGUGAGAAUAGGUGAGGUGCGUGGUGUGAGAAUAGGUGAGGUGCGUGGUGUGAGAAUAGGUGAGGUGCGUGGUGUGAGAAUAGGUGAGGUGCGUGGUGUGAGAAUAGGUGAGGUGCGUGGUGUGAGAAUAGGUGAGGUGCGUGGUGUGAGAAUAGGUGAGGUGAACAAUGAGAGAGCAAACGGGGUGCGUGCAUCCCAACCGACUUUGCCACAACCCCCUCUCAACCCGUCUUUGCCCACGCCAUGCCUCCUCCCCUGCUGCCCUCCAUUGUGCCACAGGCGUGGGCCGCCGCGUAUGGGCUUACCGCAAACUCCUCCCACCCGCCCGCCGAGGUGCACCUCUCCGCCCUCCUGCCCCCCGCGCCCCACCUGCACGACUGUGCUGCGCGCUCUGCCUUCCGCCGUGCCAUGGAGCAGCGCGGGCGCAGGGGGCAGGCGCCACUAUGGGCGGACGCAGCGGCGCAGCAGUGUGAAGGCGUCCCGCAGCCCCCGUGGGUGA